AUGGAUAGCUUUUUGAAGCCCUUGAAGGCCAGUGCAGGGAAGAAGGGGAAGAGCAAGGUGUCAGACAGUACGAUGUAUGAGAGGGUUGUAGAUGAUGAGAAGCCGUAUCUCGUGGACGGGCCGGAUCACAAUCCGAGAUUGCAGCAGGAGGAUAUGGCGUUGAAACGAAGGAUUCGAUUCCUGAAGCUUAUCUCCAGAUUCCUUGCGUUUUUGAUAAGCGUAGCAGUGUUUGGGAUGAUGGGAAACACCGCCUUCAGCUACUACGGUACCUCCGAGCAAAAGAAAGGGACCGAUAACCUCAGCGCUUGGCCCGAUAAUACUAAAACAUGGCCCACUCUGAUGAUGCUUGGUGUCUCUCUCAUGUCACUUGUCUCCAACGCUGUCGUCAUGCUUUCUUACUGCUGUGGACACAGUUCUGCCAACAAAACCGACAGUGUCUCUUCCUUCUUCUCGGCAGCUGAUAUGGUUGUGCACGCAAUUUGCUGGGGUAUUUCUGCUGGCUUGUUCAAGCAACAGAGCGCACUAAAUGGUGUUAAGAACGAUAUAUGGAGUUGGACCUGCUCCACUGCAGCGGAUGAGAGGCAAGCACUGUAUGCUGAUGUCGUCAACUUUGAAUUUUUGUGUAAGACUAAUGGAUUGUCGUGGUACAUCGCAGUUGCAAAUACCGUUUCGCACAUUCUUAGUUUUGUUAUUUUCGUUCUUGCAAUUAAAAGGCUAAAGAGCAAGCAAAAGGCGAACGCAACGAGGGCCGCAGCAGCAGGUGGAGUCCAUAUUCCGUUUGGAUCUUAUAAUCAUUAA